AUGAGCUCAGUCGAGAAACUGGGAAGUUUGGGAAUCACACCCAAGAGGAGAAAGCAGAAAGAGGAAGAACUUUGUGGUUCGCACUGUCAAUAUGAAAUAAGGUUUCAAGAUCUGCUCAUAUAUGUUGUGGAAAGAAAAAUGGGAUCGAGCAGAAGAAUGUUUCUGAUGGAUUUAGCACGUAAGAAAGGAUUCAGAGUCGCUGAUAUCAUGAGUGAUUCAGUCACACAUAUUGUAACUGAGAAUAACUCCUGGAAUGAGAUUUGCGACUGGAUUCAAACCCAGAAGAUGUCAGAUGCCGACAAGUUGAAUUUACUUGAUAUCUCCUGGUUUACAGAUAGUAUGGGUGCUGGAAAACCUGUGGACAUAGAGGAACGGCAUAGAGUGCAGGUGCAGAAGACACAACCGCUUCAGUCAGAUGUACCAUCAGCAUCAUCAGUCACAUACGUUUCUAAAUAUGCGUGUCAGAGGAAAUCAACUCUCGACAACAAAAACAAGAUUUUUACGGAUACAUUGGAGGUUUUGGCAGAAAACUGCGAGUUCGAUGAAAACGCUGGCUCCUUUGUGGCGUAUUCACGGGCAGCAUCAAUGUUAAAAUCACUUCCUUAUCCAAUAACUGGAAUGAAUGACCUGGAGGGACUGCCUUGUAUUGGAGACCAAACAAGAGUUAUAAUUGAGGAACUUCUGGAAGAAGGAGUUUGCUCCAAGGUUGAAAGUUUGUUAUGCGAUGAGAAGUAUAAAGCAAGAAAGCUAUUCACCAGUGUCUUUGGUGUUGGUGUGAAGACAGCUGACAAGUGGUAUGGACUAGGCUUUCGGACUUUGGAGGAAAUAAAAGCAACAAAGGAUAUCACGUUUACCAAAAUGCAGAGGGCAGGGUUCUUGUACUAUGAAGAUAUCCUACAAGCUGUAAGAAAAGCAGAAGCUGAAGCAGUGGUUCAAAUAAUCGGAGAUAUUGUCAAUCAAUGUACUCCUGAUGCCAAGGUGACUUUAACAGGAGGAUUUAGAAGAGGUAAAGAGGUUGGCCAUGACGUAGACCUUCUGAUCAGCUGCCUAGAGGAAGGAAAUGAAGAAGGUCUCCUUCACAAAGCCAUCAGUAAGCUAGACCGUCAGGGCUUGCUUCUGUUCCGUGAUGUUGUGGAGGCCACUAUGGAAAAGAGACAGCUACCCAGCAGAAAAUAUGAUGCCAUGGAUCAUUUCCAAAAAUGCUUUCUCAUUCUAAAAUUAGACAAAGGACUUGUGGACAAGAGAGACCACGGCCUGGCCUCGGGGUCUGCAGUGAGACUGACUGAUAAGGGAACAGAAGACGAAAACAAGACGAUGAUUAAAGGCUGGAAGGCUAUCCGUGUCGAUCUGGUUAUUGUGCUCCCUCAGCAGUUUGCCUACGCACUGUUAGGAUGGAGUGGUUCGAGACAAUUUGAACGCGAUUUAAGAAGAUAUUGCAGCCAAGAGAAAAGGAUGUUACUCGACAACCAUGGUCUCUAUGAUAGAAAUACGGGGGUAUUUCUUAAAGCCGAGACUGAGGAAGAAAUCUUUGCUCACCUGGGCUUGGAAUACAUUGAACCACAGGAAAGAAAUGCAUAACUUCAAGAAAUAAAAAGUGCCCUUUCAAAGAAAUUCAUUCCGAAAGAAAUUCUGACAGAGGAAAAAUAAUGUUUUUUUAUAUAAUUUGACAUUAAUACACAUUGGUCUGUAUAAAGCUAAUACAACAUUAAAUGUCAAACUUGAGUUGUGAACUGUCCUCUCAUGUCCAGCAGCAGGAUGUGGCAAUACCUAAAUUGCAGAUGAAACUAUUUUAUGGGAAGCUUCACAACUGCUUAAUGUACCUUUAAAGUGAUGGAGAUGUAAUGUUGUACACAGUCGUAUGGGCGACCUAUACCUCAAUGCCAUUCUCCCUCAUAUUGAUCUUUAAUUUUUUAUUUACUUUGCUUAGAAAGCACUAGAUCCCAGAUGUAAGCAAUUUUACUGCCCCAUCAUUUACAGCCUUAUGGAAGUCAUAAGGCCAUAAGAAAUAGGAGU